ACAAGACCCUCCCCUGAGGUAGUCUAGUAGUGUUAAUGGAAAGUGUUUAAAUAAAGCUAGAUAGUAACGGCUGUGAGUGAGUAUGUCACAUUAGAUACAGACACUUUUACAGAUACAUAUUUACAAUUGUAAGUGAAUUAAAACCAUACCAUACCAUACAAUACAAUGGCAGAAAGCGACUGGGAUACUGUCACCGUCCUGAGGAAGAAGGGCCCGACCGCAUCGCAGGCAAAAUCCAAACAGGCAGUCGCGUCGGCACAGAGAAGAGGGGAAGAACUCGAAACAACAAAAAAAUGGUCUGCAGGACAAAACAAACAGCAUCUGGUGACCAAAAACACAGCCAAGCUGGACCGGGAAACGGAGGAGCUUCACCAUCAGAGGGUCCCAUUAGAGGUGGGCAAAGUCAUUCAGCAAGGAAGACAGAACAAAGGGAUGACUCAGAAAGACCUGGCCACUAAAGUCAAUGAAAAGCCCCAGAUCAUUGCAGAUUAUGAAUGUGGGCGAGCCAUUCCCAACAAUCAGGUCAUGGGCAAGAUUGAGAGAGCCCUUGGCCUGAAGCUUCGUGGGAAGGAGGUUGGGCUUCCCCUCGAGGCGGGACCAAAAAAGAAAUGAACACAAAGCCUCGAAGUCGGCUCCCGUUUCCAGGGGGGCUGAUCUCGUCUGGUUUUACCUAUUGAAAACCAGAAUCUCCAUUGCCAAGCUGAAUAUUGGAGGGUCUCAGACUUGCUUUAAAAAAAAUACUAUCUUCCAUGGCUGUGAUGUAAAAUAUGGGUGUUGGUAUGGUGUGGGCGAUCGGAGGAUGAUGUGUUCUCUUUAAUUUGUGGCUGAAGUCUGUAUUCCAGGAUUUUAUCAUGGCCGUUUUGACUGAGUGCAAAUCUUCUUUUUUUUUUUUUUUUUUUUUUUUUUUUUUUUAAAAGAAUAAUUUAAGUUGCCUCCAUUUUAGCUGUGCUUUAUAGUCUCUCGUUUCUUUGAAUCGUGGGGAUACUUGUUCACUUCAGCUGGGGACAAUUCCAAGUACAUUUGUUUGUUUUGGAGAAAUAAAAAUUGGAACCUUUUAGCAUUUCA